AUGCCUUCAUUAGCAGCUUUACACCAGUCUAGUAAAAAACAGAAUUUUAACGGUAUUGAGGUAGUUGAUGGGGUGGUAUGGCAGGGAUGGGAACCAGGACAAGAAUACACUAAAAACAUUAUACUGAAAAAUGUCAAAGUUAAAACUCAGAAAUUGAAAUACAAUGUGCCAAGUAGUCGUUUUUUCUCUACACUCUAUCCUAAACCCAUAGUAUUAUCAGCUGGUACAAGUUUUACUCUUCCAGUCACAUUUAGACCAUUGGAGAAAAAUGUUUACGAAGAUAAGAUUAGAUUCAAAACCCAGGAAGGAGAGUUUGAAGUGCCAAUUAAGGCAGAAUUACCACAAGUUAAAAUAAGAGUACCAGAAAACCUAGAUUUUGAAAUGUGUGCUGUAAAAGAUUAUGUAGAGUUGAUGUUUGAAGUAUCCAAUACAGGGGACACAGACACACAUUUAAAAUGGGAAUUAAGAUCACCUUUUACCAUAGAGCCAUCUGAAAUAUUAUUAAAGUACAGAUCUAAAGCUAAAUUUAAAGCUACUUUUAGACCAGAGAUGGCUAUAGUAUAUAAAGGGAAUGCUAUCUGUAAAUAUGGUAAUAACUAUAGUAAAGAUGUAACAGUUAUUGUACAUGGAAUUGGAAAAUAUCCCCACAUAUUAAUUUCUGCCUCUGGUAAACCUGCUGAUUGUAUUAAAAGUGACAAUUUAGAAUCAGUGAUUAAUUUUGGUACUGUGGGAAUUGGAUCUACUGUACAGAAAUGGAUGGAACUACACAACCUCUCUCCUGUUAGAGUACCAUUUCAAGUUGAUCAUCCUACUCUAUCUAAUACUAUUGAUACAGUAUUUAAGUGUCCUAUGAAGAUGGGUAUUGUACCACCAAUGACAGCUAUGAGAAUACCUAUGAGUUUUACGCCAAGUUUAGUUGAUGGGUCCAGUAUUGACUAUUUUACAGUAUCUGCUAUAGAUAAUAUUAGUAAAAGUGUGGUUAAGUGUUUUGGAAAAUCAAAAGGUCCAACAGUUCAGUUAAGUUUUAAAGCUGUUAAUUUUAUGCAGAUUGAUGUUGGACAAACAGCUACUAAAAGUGUUGAAGUUAUAAAUAGUUCUGAUGUUGAAGCAGUAUAUCAAUUUAUGAUUGAAUGUGAAGAGAGUGUAUUUAAAUUUGAUAAAGUUUCUGGUAUAUUGAAACCAAACUCUAAAGAUACAAUUAUAUUAAAAUUUACUCCACCAUACCCUAUAAAUUAUCAUAGAAAAAUAACUUGUAUGGUUCACAAUCAGGGUCCACUGUAUUUAGAUUUACUAGGAACCUGUCAUUCAGAAACAGUGAAACCUGCUGUAUUAUUAGCUAAACAUUUACAUCGAUUUAAAAUAAAUGCAGAGAAAGGCUUUUCUUUCUACCCUCCUGAGCAAUUAAAUGAUAUGAUAACAGAAGGGAAAUUGGAAACAGAUGAAAAUGGUUUCAUUCAAAAGAAUGAAAAAAAUGUAAUAAAUGUAUCAAACACAAAUAAAAUGACUGAGCCUCGUCCAAUGGAUGUAUAUUUUAAUGAUGGAUUCCAUUCAGACCUAGUAACUACACCACAUGUUAGUUGUGAUAUAAAUGUAGCUGAUUUUGGUAACUGUCAGAGUUUAAGAACAGUGGAAGACAAGGUUGUCAAUCUAAUCAAUCAUACAAGAGGAAAAGUUACUGUUCAAUGGAUUACAGACACCAAUAAAGAAUUUUCAGUAUUUCCAAACACAUUGGAUAUCCCACCUUUAAAAAGUUGUUCAUUUAGAAUAUCCUUCAAACCCGUAACACCAAAUCAAUUCUACGGAAGUGAAUUGGAAUGUUAUGUUUAUUACAAAAGUUUAAGAGAUUACAGAUUGGUGGAAGAUAAUACACAUUGUCCACCUUGGUGUCUUACAUUAACUUGUUCUGCUCAAACAUUCAUGCCCCAUCAUGAGACAUUCUGGCCAAGAUAUACUCUAGACAAUACCAGUGUUGUUUUUGAUGCUGUUAAUGUUAAUGAAUCAACAUAUAGAACUGUUUUACUGACUAAUACUGGUACAACACCUAUAUUACUCAAUACACAGUCUGAUACAGAUAGCAUCUUUACUAUGAAACCAAUGAAUGGUUUAGUGAAAGGGAAAUAUCAGAUAUUGACUAUUAAAGCCACACCAAGAGAAGCAAAAAUCUAUCAACAGAAUUUUCUGUUAAAACUGAAUGAUAAUGAAAAAUACAACCAGAUAUUAAAACUACAUGGAUCUGCUGAAUCAGCUGAAGUAGUAUUAGAUUCCCAGGGUGUGAUGUACUUUAAACCUACUUGUAUUGGUACAGCCUCUAGUAAAUAUUAUGGUAUGAAAAAUAUCUCCAGAAUACCUCUCAGAUAUGAAUGGAAAUUAAACCAUGCUGACAGUAAAUUGUUAAAGGUACAUCCAGAUUCAGGUAUAAUACAACCUAACGAAUACCAGAGUCAGAAGUGGUCAUUUAUUCCAUCUUCUGAAGAAAAAUCAGUGAUGAAACCAACAUUGUUAGUAUGGGGACAAGGUUUAAAAGAUAACUCAUCUGGUGGUAAGAAGAAGGCGUUUACUGUUCGAGCUAUUGGUGAGGGAGAUCUUGGUGAUCUUAAGUCCAAUCAGAAUCAUUAUGAUUUAGGUGAUAUAGUUGUUGGUAGCUCAGCAUCUCAACGUAUAAUACUCUCUAAUAAUAGUCAAUGUAGUUUACAUUAUAAAUUACUGGUAAAUCAAGCCUUUGAUACACUUAAUAAUAGAUCAGAGAAAUUAGGUUUAGAAUUGGAUGAAACUGAAGGAGUUAUACCAGCCAGAUCUAAACAUACAAUAUUAGCUACUGUAAGAACAUUACAACGCAAAGAAUAUCAAUAUACAGUAUCUUAUCAACUGUUAACACCUAAAGGAGAAAAUUCGGAUAUUGUGCCUAAAGAACCAAAACAUUUAUGUCAUGUAUUGACAACUGGUGUAUUCCCUACUAUAGUUGUUUCAGAUGCUAGAUGUUAUGGUAGUGCUGUAAAUAUAAGUAAAAAACAGCUAUGGAACCUUUUCUCCUUAGAUACGUUGAAUGCUUGUUUAGAUUCUGAUCCUUCUGCUCCUGAAUUAAUGUUCAGUAUGGCUACUAGACACAGUCAUAACAGAAGACCACCAGUAUAUACCCGAGCUAUCAUGGAUUUUAAUUUUAGUUCUGCUCCAUUAGAUAGUGAACCAUGUAUAGUGAAUUUAAUGUUUGAAAAUACAGGAACAGUAGCAUCAGAUUGGGCAUUUUUAUUUCCAUCUGAUUUACAAUUAGAGUUAGAAUAUUGGUCAGAAACAGGAGAAUAUGAUCAAGAUGAACUACAUGAGAUGAAGGUUAUGGACAAUAGACUGUUUGCUAUUGAACCUAAAAAAGGUCGUCUGCAGCCUGGAGAAUGUCAAACUGUGACCUUCACCUAUCAACAUACAAUGGCUGGAACAGAUAGAUUACCGGUAUUGUUGAAGUUAGCUCAUGGUCGAGAAAUAUUGUUAAACUUUAUUGGUGUAACAGUAGAAGCAGACAGAAAUUAUAUUCAUUUCUCCUCCAACAAACAUAUGUUUACACCAGUUCCAGUGGGAGAGAAAACUAGUCCCAUACAGAUCUAUGAAUUAUAUAAUGGUGGAGCUCAGUCUGUCAGAUAUGAGCUUGAUUUAGCUAGUUUAGAUCUUUUACAACAGGAGAAUUUUGACCAGCCAAUAUUUGAAUGUUUGGAUCCAAUUGGUGAAAUAUUACCUGGUAAAUGUGUCGCUGUAGAAUGGAGAUUUUCACCACUUGAAGCUAAGACAUAUAUGGUGGAUGUGCCAAUUCGAAUUCAAGGCGGUGAAACCAAUAUAGUAACAUUCACUGGUGUGGGGUAUGAUAAAAGGGUCAUGGGGGAUAGCACACCUUUAACUAAUCAACAAGACCUUAGUGGUGUACCAAGCGUACAGAGUGUACCAAUUCCAGGACAGCUGGCAUAUUUGUCUCAAGAAAGAAUAACAUUUGCCAAUGCCCCACUAUUUAGUCGGUCCAGGAGAAUAGUUUUUGUGAUGAAUAAAUCCAAGGAGAAGACCAUAUCGUUUGAAUGGCAUGUAACAAGUCCUAAAGAUACCCAGUAUGUGUCCAUAUUCCCAUUAAGAGGAUGUUUAGAAGCAGGUGAAAGUCAAAUGUGUAGAGUUAGCUUUAUUGCUUCCACAACUCCAUCGUUUUAUGAUCUUGACUUAGUUUGUGAGAUAACAGAUGAACAUGAAAUGAAGAAGUACAGAAAAAAAUUAUUGGAAUGGGAGAAACAGAAAGAACGUGAGAAACAUGAAUUUACUAUUACAGAAAAUGAUUUGGAUGCUGAUAAACGUUUACAAGACUCUCCUGAUAUGUCCAGUCCUAUUGGAGGUGAGAGAGAAGGUAGAAAUGGCAGUAAAACACCAGAAGGAGAACUGUCCAGAUAUAAGACAUUGCCUCCAAUUCAAAGAAAAUCAGCUGAUGAAUUAAAUAGGUUAGAAAAGAAAAGAAAAAAGAAAGAAAAGACUAUGAACUUAAAACCAGUAGCCCCAACUCCUUUCUUACUUCAUCUUGGUGUAACAUCCAGAACUCAUGGUAUUAAAGAUUUUCAGAGUAAUUUCCCUGAUGAAUAUCAACAUUUCCAUAUUGACAGAGCUAUGGGAGAGAAACCAGUCUCAAGAGAAUCUAAUCAACUAUCUACUGAGAUUGUGGAGAAUAUUCAGUGUAAUCAAGGUGAAGCUGGGGUGAUAUCAGGUGUUCUGUGUAAUAUCUUGAGAGGUUUGCUGGAGGACAAUUACUUUGUUGAUGCUGCUAAAAAGGUCAUCAAGGAACCAGUACCUUAUUUCUGUCAGGUUGGGGAUCGACCAAAAUCAGCACCACCAUCAACUGGCAAUAUCCAUAAACACAGGAGUCCAGAUAUUCAUGUAGAAGAUAUAGAGGCAGAAGAACUAUCAAGAGAACAAACACCAUCUCAAGAGUCACAAACUGUUUCUGAUCAGAGAUCAGCAUCAAGUCGUGGAACUAAUUUCAAUUCACCUGAUCCUGUUUUAACUCCUACUACUGAACCUCUCCAACAGGAUCAACAUGAUGAAACUAGAAAACAAAAACUUAAAAAAAAUCCAGCAGUUAGUAAUAUAAUGGAGUCAGUUCUAGAAAACUCAAUAUUCAACAUUAUGUCAGAGGCUUUAGCUCAAGAAUUUAACAUUACAGCUCGUCCUAGAUAUAUUGCUUUACCAAAACGUCCUGCAUUAUCUACUAAUAAAUCAAAACAUUAGGUUUAAUUUAUUUUUAUAUUAUUUUUGUGUGCUAAAUCUAAGUUUAACUCACUAGGUAUGAAUCUUUUAUAAGAUAUUGAUAGAAGGUAAUCAAGGUGAAUUUUGAAAAUGUAAAUCAAUAAGUUUGCAAUAGUAGGUUCAAACUAGAACUUUUGGUGUCAAAAAAAGAGUUAACAAAUAUAUAUAUAUCAUAUAUAUUGCAUGAAACACCUGCAGCUAUAACCUUCAGAAUAUAAGAAAGCAUUAUAGUUUCACUUUACAAAUAUUUUUGUUGAAUUAAUUAGCAUGUCAUAUAUUCCCUUUUUCAAAACUUUUUUGAUUUAUGCGAUAAUGACUACUAUACAAAAUGUGAUACCAAAGUAAACUACGUUUCAGGCUUAUGUAAAUGUUUUUAGGGGAAAGAGGUAUUUGAUAAUUUAACAGCAGUUCUUGCUCUCUCUCAUCGAGGAUUGUAGCUCUAUAUAUUUUUAUCUGUGAUAUUUUGUAUAAAUAUUGAUAAUUGUAUAUAAUAUAGUUAAUCUUAAAAUUAUUUAUGAUAUAGCUUUCCUGAAAUUUCAGCAUUCUUUUUAUUCUGCUUCCUAAUACAUGUUUUUAUAAUUCCCACAAGAAGCAUUAUUCUGAUGAAUUCUUUCUUUCAAGAAUACACCAAUGUUUUAUAACAAACUUACUUGAAUUUUACAUAUUGCAGUAUUCAAAUAUAACAGCAUCAGCUGUGUUACCUUUAUGUGUUUAUUUAUGUAUUUGUAUAUUAUUAUAAAUAAAACAUUAU